GAGAAUCGAGAGUAACUGAGAAGGAGAACGUGUGUGCUGAGUUCAAAAGAGCGCAAGAGCAAAAGCAUAUGAGCCGGUGUCUUUUGCAGGAAGAAUAUGGACCGCGGCAGUGUCGAUGGCGACGAUGACGCUGACGGGAUUCAGAACGACAAUUAUCGAGGUGCGCGGUCGGUAGCUGAUAACUUUGCGAGCGCGUAUAGGUUUGUGGAAGGGGUGGGUAGUGAGGAUGAGGAGAAUGAGGAGGAAGGGGGUGUGGAUACGCAGGUUGUUGAGGAGGCGAUGGGGAUGAGUGAGGAUGAGGAUGAUGAGGAAGAAGAAGAGAGGUUGAGUGCGGAGGAAGUGGAUAGUAUCCAGCCUCGGAAAGCGCGAUUUGAAUCUCCUGCGACUGAGGACGAUUCAUCUGCAGAAAAUCUUUCUCAAGACGACUCGUCGACUUCCGACUCUGACAGCUUUGAAGGAGGGUCUGAUGCCGACCUGCCUACAACAGACGGCUACAAUGCUAAUUAUCUGCAAUACCUCAACUACGAGAUUGAAGAAUUCAUGGAUCCCGCCUGCCACUCCACCGCAUCCUUCCUCUCCACCGACUCCCCCACUUCCUCCUCCCCCUCCUCCUCGCGCAUAACCCGUCCGUCGCUGAUCAACGCCCGCACGCGCUGGACCGCGGCCGAGAAAGAGCGGUUCUUCGUCUACCUCGGCCGUCGCACGCGCCACGACCCCGCCGGCAUCGCGCGCGGCGUCGGGAGCAAAUCCGCGAUCGAGUGCGCAGAGUACAUCACCUUCCUCGAGUCCGGGCUGGGUAUCCUGCGCGCGCACGAGCGUCGGCGGCGAGCGUACGGGAUGCGAUUGCGGUGGAAUCGGUUGGUGCGCAAGAUGCCGGCUGCACGGCAGAUGUCGCGGAAGUGGGUGCGGAUGGAGAAUGAAGAGAGUCGGAAGCUUGAGAGUCAUUGCGAGAGGUUGGAGAGGGAUCGGGAUCGGAAGGCGUGGGUUCGAUUACAGCGCGUGCGGGGUGCUGAUGUGCUCGGUCUUGGGCCGGAGGAGAGAACGCUUCUUGAGCCUUUGAUGCGCGCGAGAGAGGUGCCUGUGGAGAUCAUGAAGAUAGCGGGACGAGUGGAUGAGUACUGUGUCGGAUUACUUGAUCGGCACAAAACCGAGAAUCUGGGCGACAAGGAGUUUGAUGCGGUUGCGGAUCUGUUCUCGCCUACGUUCAGACUACUCUCGGUCGAGAAAUUCUACGAGCUAUCAAAGCGACUAUACUACAACCAAGACGAUCUCCCCUCGUCAGUCGAGCAAAAGACAGACAAGCUCUCGAUCCAGCACUCGACAAUCGAAGUCCUCGAAAGUCUCGCGCGGCAGCUCACGCGCAGAAUAAUCGCCGCCGCGAUCCCAAUCACCGAGUGCCGCAUCCGCGUGUCGGAUAAGUCGUUUUUCCGACCGACGCGCGAGAUCAGACGUGCUGAUAUCGACGCUGCGUGCGCGGUGGUCGUCGGCGGCGGUGGUGGAGGAGGAGAAGGAUUAUCUUCCUCGCGCGACGAGUUUUGGGUGCAGUUUAAGCGGCGGAACGCGACUGUGCCGGUGAUUCCUACGACUGCGGUUUUGAAAGGCAGCGUGACUAUCGAUGAUGUGCACGAGUGGUUUGAGAAGCCGUUGAUGAAGGAAUUGAAGCAGCGAUAUCAGCGGUAGUCGUCUCUUUUUUGUAAUACUGUAUUACUGUAUCAUUGUGCAUUAUUCAUGAUUUUCUGGAGUAUUUGUCAUUUCUUUGGUAUUGUUGGUUUAGUUUGUUAGUGUAAGAAUAGAUGAU